GAUACGUCGGCAGAAAAAAAGGCCAACGCUGACGCUGCUUUUAAUAUUAAAAACAAAAUUUAGUUGGCGAGUAACUAGCAUUUAAAACGGUUUACUGAUAUUAAUAAUAACAGAUUAAUAAACUAAAACGAAAAUAUUCCAAAACAAAAGGAAAAUUUAUAAAAACGAAAAAUUGUUAACCAAUAAAAUGAAAGCUCAUAUGAAAAUUUGAUAUUUCCCCCUAAAAAACUAAAUAUUUUUGCAAUAAAUAAGAAAAUCUAACAAUUUACUAAAUUAUUUAACUUAUAAAAGUUGUUUAAAAAACAGUGGGUGUGUAUCGACAGUCAUUAUUUAAUUCGCGAGUGUGUUUACCUAACAUUUAUUGAUAUGUCAAAAUGGUUUAUGAUACUUUGACAACUUUAGUGGAAAGUGCUAAAAGUGUUUUUCAACCACGCAAUGAAAACGAUAUAGCUUCUUUUGAAAAUUUAAUUUUUAAUAAUUAUAUCACUGAUAUGGAAAUGGAUGAAGAAGAUGAAGAUGUUGUAAUCGAAGAACAACAGGAUCGUGUGGAUGUUAAGUUAGAUUUAUCUGCCAUAAGUAACAAUUUUCAAAAUUAUAACAGACAUAAUAUUAGUGAAUUGUCUUUAAAUGGACCAGAUAAUCAAAGUAAUAAAUCGAACAAUUCUAAACCGAAUAGUCGUCGUUCGAGUGCUGAAAAGAAAUAUCAUCGUAUUUCUAUGAUAGAAUUAUCACCCGUACACAAUGAGGAGUGUAAACGUUCAAAUUUACACCGAUUUAGUUCUAUGCAAUCCCUCAAACAUAGUCCCACCUCACUAACUCCCCUACCCUCGCUAAAUACCUCGGGGAGUUUGCGCAGCAUUAGCCCUUCACGUCGCAGCGCCAGUAGUAGCAACAGCAGCAGCACGGCCAAGCAUGAGCAAUCAACAACAGCAGCAGCUGCCGCCGCCGCUGCUGCUGCCAAUGCUACUACCUCAAAUGGUUCCACCGUCACGAUGACAACAUCAACAACAACAUCGACAGCAACACCAGCUUCGGCAACAACUGCAACAACGCCCCCUGAAAAAGAGAAGAAACGCAAAGAGAUAUCUAGCUCGCGUGUAAAAAAGUUCCAUAGACAUUUUGCUCAGGUGUCGAAAGAUGAGAAAUUAAUAAACUAUUUUUCCUGUGCUCUAGUCAGUGAUAUUUUACUGCAAGGACAUCUUUAUAUAACAGAUCAACAUUUUGCAUUUUACUCAAAUGUUUUUGGUUAUGUUACUAAGGUUGUUAUACCCACUUCCUCCGUUACAAAAAUCUCCAAAGAGAAAACCGCUAAAAUCAUACCAAAUGCUGUGGGCGUGGCCACCGCUGAUGAACGUCAUGUGUUUGGCAGUUUCAUAAGUCGCGAGGCGGCCUUCCGUCUCAUGUGCAGUGUUUGUCCGCCUUUGGGUGUACCCGAGAUAUUACCCAAAGAUCCGGCCAGCAUUGAAAUCUCCGAAGAAUACUCAAUUGAAGAUGAUAGCAGCUGUUCGAUAAGUGGCAAUGAAAGUCCCGCCCAAAUAACAGAACUACAACAGGCCAAUGGUGGCGGUAAACUGCUACAAACUAACGAGACAACUAGUCAAACGUUACUGCGGCGUUCAGUAGCCAGUUCGAAUUUAAGUAUUGCCGAUUUAACUAGACACUCAGACAUUCCUAUAAAUGCCAAAUCUACGCUAACAGCAAAUACAGCUUCCACCAGAUGCUCGGCCCCACCUGCCACGGGAGAACAUUAUAACAAUACCUCUAAUGGUGGUGGUGCUGUUAAUUUAAUUGGUCUCAAAUCUGUUUUACAACAACAACAACCCGCCCUUAAACCUACACCCGAUGGUGGUGAGGUUUAUACUAAUACUAAUAAACUAACUAUUAUAGCAGGCUGUGCUUCCUCGACCACAUCGGCCACUUCCACGCCCACACCCUCUACAUCUUCAUCGCCCACAACGGUAAUGACCUCAUCCGUCUUAUCGCCAGCGGGUACUAAAGCUAAGCGCGUUUUAAAUACAUUCACUAGUGUUAGUCAGAAGCUAUUGAAACAUUUUAAAUUUCCCACUGAAAUACAUGUGGUUUACUUGGGCGUUUUGCUCACUUUACUAUUAGCAUUAUUUUCCAUAUUCCUAUUAUAUCGGAUAUUAGAUAUAGAAGCUAAAACUAGCGGUUAUCGAUCUCCUGUAGAAUUUAAUUGGCGUUCUGGCAAUGAUGAUGAUAUAUUUACCGAAGCUUUACGCUUUCAAAAGCAAUUACAACUUAAAAGUACUGAAGAAGCUCAGAAUAUACUUAAAACGAAUUUAGAACAAAUUGCUAAGGUACGCCGCAGUUUAGAAACUUUAUCGAUGUUAAUCCAUGACCGUAGCUCAUCGUUUGUUUCUACCCAUACCGAUGAUAGUGACUGAACUUAUUAUAAUAUUUUUACGAGAAUUAAGUAAUUUUAAAAAAAUGUUUACUAAUUUUUCUUUACAAUUAAGUUAGUAAAAUUUAUUUGUUUUUGUCUUAUUAGCAAAAUCAUCUAACUUAUCACUUAUUAUAUAGCAAUUUAUAUGAAUUUGUCUCUUUAAAAAAAAUUUUUAGCAUUUUUUAAUUAUUUUUUAAAAAAAUAAUUUCAAAAACAUAGAAUUUUGUUUGUAAAAAAAUUUUCAUCAUAUCUUGCUUUAAGUUUAAUUAAAUUAAGUUUUUCUAUGUUAAAAAUCUAGUUUAUAGUUAGUUAUAGUUUAAAUAUUAUUAGCAAAAAAACAAACUGAAUAUUUAUUUAAAAGAAAACACAAACAUUUCCAAGUAAAAAAAUAUGUACUUUGAAAUUAAGUAAGCAACCAGAAAAGAAAACUAUUAAUGUAAUUAAUUUAUUUAUAUCUAAAAACAACAGAAAAGAAAUAAAUUAUGAAUGGAGAAUUAUAAGAAAAAAAAAAACGCUUAAAUAUAAUUAUGCAACAAAAAUUAUACAAAAAAAAAAGUUAAUUUUUUUAAAGGGCUUUAACUUAAACGCUUGAAAAUAGUUGAAAAUUUUAACCGAAAGCUUGUAUUAAUGGGGAAAAUAAUAAACAAUUAAUUAAUUAGUCGAAAGGUCAAAUAAAAAAAUAUAAAUUUCGCUUAUUUUAGGUAAUUUUUAACAAAAAUAGAGCUUAGUUCAAGAAAAAAUCUAACAUAAUUUUGGGAUACCAUUAUUUUUCCUUAUUUUUAAUAAAUUUCUUAACAAAAUAUCUGAAAUUAUUAAAGAAAAUAAAUAAACUUUUCUUAUUUAAAAGAUUUCUAACAAAAAUUACAAGAUUUCCAAACAAAAUCACAGGAAUUAUAAAAAAAUACCUUAAAUUUUCAUUUAGUUACUAAAACACAUUAAUUACUAACUCCCAGCUCUAUGAAGGCAAUUAGUACUACCCAACUCUGCAGCAAAACAAUUGCAAAUAGAGCGAAAGGCCAAAUAAAAGAAACACAACAACAAUUUUGCACGUUUUUAAGAAAAAGUAAUUUUGCAAAAAGUGUUUAAUUUUAAUAAAAUAUUAAAGGAAUUAAAACAUUUUAACAUAAAAUUGUUUAAAAUUAACAUAAAAAGAACUAAAUUGCCGAUUUGAGAUUAAAAGCAGUUAAAACUUUGGCAGCUCUAGCUAAAAACAAGUGUGCAAGAAGAAGAGAACUUAGAAAAUUUUCAUCAAGAAUGGAAAAUUUAUAAGAAAUGCAGUUUUUUAUAUUAAAUUUCUGUUAAAAUAACAUUUUAAUGAUGAAUUCUACAGAAAAUGUAUAAAAAUUUUAAAUUUUUUUCGGCCUUCAGCGAAUAAAAACAAGAGCAGCCAGAUCUGCUUUACACAAGCAGAUACACACACACACAUACAGUAAUAAAAAAAAGAAAACCUAAUUUUUUAAUAUUUUAACAAAAGGAACUUGUAAAUUGUAGAAAUUUCAGGAUUAUUACUUAAAUUUCAACUAAAACAUCAAAAAGUUUGCUAGAAAACCCAGAUGGAAUAAAUAAAGUUUCUUUUGAACAACAUCCAACUCUGCCUUACAACAAACAGAGAGAGGAACAGUAAAUAAAACAGAAAAAAUAAAUUAUUUGGAUUUUUAACAAAAAGAAAUUAACAAUUGCAGUAAUUACAAGAUUUUUCAUAAAAUUUCUGAUCAAAUAUUAAUAUACUAUAAUAAAAAAAUGUUAUUUGCAAAGAAUAUGUUAUUUGCUUCAAUUAGUAAUUGAUAACUAACUCCCAGAUCUGCUGAAGCAAAAAAACGUGAACGAACCAGAGAUAAAAGAAAAAUUAUUUUUCUACAGAAUACUUGGCAAAUUCGUAUAAUUUCACAAAAAUUUAAUAAUUUUAACUUAAAAUAAUAAUAAAUUUUGAUAAAAUAACAAAUAAUUUCUGUCUUAAAGAACUUUUUGGGUCAACUGCUUGUCAAACUGCAGAGAAUAAGAAAAAAGUAAACAAAGCGCGUCAAUUCUAAUAAGAAUUUCUACACAACUUAACUAAACAGGUGUUUGUUUAAUAAAUUUAACUAAAAAACGUAUAAAUUUAUUAAAAUUAAUUAAAUUAACAUUGUUUAAUAUAUAUAAAACAAUUUUUAGUAAAAAUAUAGCUAAUUGAAAGAAACCAUACCACAACUGCCGGCUAAAGAAAACUGUCUGCUAUAAAGUGAGGUUAGAUUUCAAAGGAAUUUUAUAAUUUGGUAAGAAAAAUAUUCACAGGCAAUAUUUUUACCUUGUAUGCCUAGUGUUUAAAAGUUUUUCUAAAUAUUUCGAUCAUUUUCUGGUCAAGCUUGUGAAUCCCGAAAGUUCCUGUUGAUACUUGUAAGAAAUUUUAUUAGAUCCUAUUUAGUGGCUCUUCGAAACAGUUCAGAGCUUCUAUGUAAGGUUUGAAAACCUCUUAAAUGUCUACCUGUGUAUUUCUAUAGUUUGCAGAUGAAUCUGAUGAAGGUUCCUGAUAAUACCAACCGAUAUUUGUAUGAAAUUGAAGAAGUUGAACUUACAUUAUUGAAAGUGUGGAUGGAAUACAUUUAUUAAAAUUUUAAAAAUAACAAGUAGUAUGCCAAACAAAAUUUGUAUUCAAAGUGAAAAAGUGAACGAUGUAGAGUCGAGUUUGUGACUCCCAUGGCAACCUGUUGGUACUUGUAAGAAAUUUUAUUAGAUUCUCUUUAGUGGCUGCAACCUCAGUCUCUUUGAGACUGACUAGAGCUUGUAUGUAUGGUUUGAAAACCUCUUAAAUGUCUAGCUGUCUAUUUCUAUCGUUUACGGUUGAAGCUGAUGAGGGUUCCUUAUAAGAACUGGAAGAAAAUUAUGGAAAUUUUAA